AAGAGAAGAAGAAAAAUUAAAGAAAACAAAACUGUGUGAUAUCCGUCUUUAGAAGUUUAACCCUUGUAGAUACAAGUAAAUUUCUUUUUGAACCGUGUUAAAAUAACAGUAUUGUGCUAUCAGUUGUCAUGGUUGUAAAGUAGACGGCUUAAAUUAUAACAACAGAAGCGGCCAAUCCUUUAAGAUGGCCGACAAUAAUAUUGAAAACUUUGAAGAGGAUCAAAGUUGUAUGCGAAAUGAGUGGAGAAGAGUUUUAAGCUUUGCUACUUUUCCUGGUUACAAUUCUGUGAGUACCAUUCGCCUUGCCCGGUCGGGAUUUUACUACACAGGUACAGAGUGUCUCUGUCGUUGUAUUUUUUGUGGCUCUGAACAAAGUAACUGGACGCAAGAAUACUUUCCAUCUCAUUGUGAAGAAAUCUCCAGAAGAGAAUCGAAUGAACCAAUAAAUCAGGAACUCGAAGGACAUUUUUCUAGUGAUAAUGGUUUAUUUACACAAUUUAGUCAAACUCCUACCUCCGAUGACAGAAAUUGCUUUUUUUCAGCAAGUACUCAUUCGUUUGAUCGUCUCUGGGAAGGAUUAGGUGUUAAUUAUUGUGAACUACAUGUACCUCCAGAAAAUAGUUCUCAUCAAAACAAUCCCGAACUUUUCCAGUGGCUCAGAAUACAAAUAUCAGACUGUCUAAAUCUUAAUUCCACUCCUCAGCCUCAUUUCAGAGAUAGCACUACUCCAACGAGCAAUUCUAGUAUUUUCCAGCAUUUACGAAUUUGUGAAGAGACAAACUCCAGAUUUUUAUCAUCAGAAAAUAACAAUGUUACCUCAAACCAAUCCACACGGGAAAUGAUUGGUGGUGACAUUUUCAUAAAUGAAAGCACUGACAUAUCUCCUCUAAGGGAAGACAAUAACCAGAUAUCUCGGGAAACAAGCCGGGUUCUGCAUCCAUCAAUAAAGCAACAGAAAGCAAAUAACUCUGAGAAAGAAAAGCUACCAAUACAAAACUCGAGAAAUAAGCCUGAACAGAAGGAGAAUAAAUAUCAGAACGAAUUGAAAAAUAGUGCACCUGAGGCUAAACAUUAUUCCAAUAUUUCUACAUCUACACAAGAGUCAAAUCUUAGAGAGACGGAAUCUGAAGAUUAUGCAAAUAACACUUGUCAACUUGGGCUACAUCGAAGAAGUCUUAAUUCAGCUGAAUUAAGUGGUUUUGAUGAUGGACAGAGUCUUGAUAUAUCUGAUUCAUUUGGUCCUUCAAACUUAUCUCUUCCUAUGACACAGUCUAAUACUCUGUCAGAUUUUGGAAUACUAAGAAGACCAAACCAAGAUAUUCUAGGACAGAAUUGUGCUCCGAUGAGCAGAUCUGUGAGGAAUACACAAGAAAUACCACAAACAUAUACAGAGAGGAUGGCAACGUUUCACAACUGGCCAAGUCACUUAAGACAAUGCCCAAUGGAUAUGGUGGACGCUGGUUUUUAUUACACAGGACGUAAUGAUUGUGUACGAUGCCCCUAUUGUAAUAUAGGCUUGUACAAAUGGGAGUCAAGUGAUAUACCAUUGGAAGAGCAUGCCAGGCAUUCUCCAGAUUGUAAAUUUAUCCAGCAAUGUCGUCAAAGACAACAAGACCUGGCAUUAGAAAAUCAACCAAGAACAAGAGAAACCAUAACAUUGGAUCAGAUAAAACAUCUUGAUUCUCUUAAAGAAGUGUUAGACCUUUGUUUUAACAUUGACGACAUUCUACGUGCAUAUAACACUUUAUCGCACACACUUGACAUUCGAGAGCUUACAUCCACAGAUAUACUCUGCUUCUUUUUUGACAAUGAUCAGGAUGAGGAAGAAUCUUUUAGUGGAGACAGUUGUGUAUGCUGCAUGUGUUGUGAUCGUGUAGUUUGUGUGAUGUUCCUGCCGUGUCGCCAUGGUUGUUGUGUAGAAUGUGAACAAGAAACAGAGCAGUGUCCUUACUGCUAUCAUUACAUUAAAGCAGUACAUCGUGUGUAUGUGGGAUAGAGAAGGGACUAUAUCGAUAAAACUAAAAUAUAAUAAAAAUAUUUAAUUGUAGAAAAAAAUAAUUCCAUAUCUAACUUAAUGAUUUUAAUGUUUUCAAAAGUUUUAUUUUAUGUAAAAAUCAAUACAAGUAAUGAAGUCAGUUAAUCUGUUUUUUGUCAACAUUGAUAAAAGAAAUUAAAAACAUAAAAAUUCCAUGUAAUUUUUUUUCAAUUAUUAGUGAAAAUUUCG